UGUUGUUGCCCGAAAACUUGCCACUCCUUCCUCUCUACCUCCUAACUAAACUGGCAUCUAUAUAGUGCUAUAUUCUAAUGCAAAAAGCAAUUUCCUCAAUCACUUUUAUUUUCCUAUCAGAUCCAACUAGAAAUUUAUUUAACCUUUUCUUUACUCAUCAACAAUCUUGUAGGUCCAAAGCUGAAAUGUUUGGACCAUUUUCAAUGAUGGAUCCAAUUUGCAUUCUUUGAUCGUUAAAAUUGAUUUUUUUUAUUGUAAAAAAUGAAUCUUUAACCUCUUAUAAAAUUUUUUCUUUUCUUUUUUUUAUUGGGAAUUUUGAGUGAUUAAAUUUCUGGGCUUGGCUUAACAAUGGUAACUGUAAAUCUGGGAAUGCUCCACUAUGUAUUGGAUCAUGUAUAUGGUGCGGUUCUGCACAGAACAAAGAUUACCCCGCCAUUUUUUUCAAGAGGGUGGGGUGGAAAUAAGCUUGAGCUAUUUGAGAGAAUGAUAAACCAGUUAUUCCCAAAUGUUGAAGGGCAGAAUUGGCCUCCCAUGUUGGUUGAGCCCAUAUGGAAAAUCGUUUGGGAAUCCAAGGCAGCUUGUUUGAAAGAAGGGGUGUUUAAGACGCCUUGUGAUGAGGAGCUUCUCAGUGCAUUGCCUACUGAGAGUCACCAUGGAAGGGUUGCUUUUCUUGCUCCAAAAUUUGUUUCUCCUCAUAGGAUGUCCUGUGUGGUUCACCUUGCCGGUACUGGAGAUCAUACUUUUGAACGAAGAUUGCGACUUGGUGGACCAUUGCUGAAGGAGAAUAUAGCAACCAUGGUACUUGAGAGUCCCUUCUAUGGAAAAAGACGUCCUUUUCUUCAGCGUGGUGCAAAACUCUUGUGUGUGAGUGACUUGCUGCUACUGGGAAGAGUCACAAUUGAGGAGGCUAGAAGCCUUCUGUAUUGGUUGGACUCUGAAGCUGGGUUUGGAAAAAUGGGUGUAUGCGGAAUUAGCAUGGGGGGAGUACAUGCAGCAAUGGUUGGAUCUUUACACCCUACACCUAUUGCAACUCUCCCAUUUCUCUCUCCACAUUCUGCUGUUGUGGCAUUCUGCGAAGGGGUGCUAAAACAUGCCACUGCAUGGGAUGCGCUGAGAGAUGACCUUGCUAUGGAGAAGGCUGCAAUGACCCUUGAGGAAGUGAGAGACAGGAUGAGAAAUGUGCUAUCUCUCACAGAUGUCACUCGGUUUCCAAUACCCAAAAAUCCCAAAUCUGUUAUAUUUGUUGCAGCCACUGAUGAUGGAUAUAUUCCAAAGCACUCGGUGCUGGAGCUUCAAAAAGCUUGGCCUGGCUCAGAAGUGAGAUGGGUUACUGGUGGGCAUGUCUCAUCCAUCCUUCUCCAUGGCGGUCAAUUUCGCAAGGCAAUUGUCGAUGCCCUUGACAGAUUAGAGUGGAAAGAAGAUCCUUCAUGACAAUGGCUUAGCUUGUGAAGAGGAAACCACAUAAUUAGGUUGGUAUUCUUCUUCAUUCCAAUACUCAGUUAACUUGUAUACUGAACUGACAACAGAACACUACAAAGCUUUUUAAUGAACCAAAAGCUGCCUCGUCUGUUUAUCUUCAUCUUUACUCUGUUUCUUGCUUCU